AUGCUCCAGAACUACGAUACAUUUACGAUCACAACAAGUGUCGUACUCGUACUCGUACUAUACUCAUACGAACGUCAUUGCUCUCGUUGUUACGUAUCACGAUCAUCUGCGCGUGAGCAGUCAGUUUCGAAAUGUGCGUCACUAUAUAAACGCGCGCGAAACGCCCACCCGGAACCUGCCAGAUACACACAAACAUCCACCAUGAAGCUCCGUCUGUUUGUUUCCGUUUCAACGAUGAUGCUGCUGGCGUCUGCCAAGGAGUUCUGGAUGGCUCUUCUAGACCCUCGGUACGCUCUGAAUGGUGGACUUCUUGAGACCGACCGAGAUGCAUUAGCCACGUCCAGAUGUCACGAUCGGCUCUACAUGGACGACUAUCGUGUUCCCACUGACACGGCUGAAGCUCCCGUCGAGCAAUUGGCCACUAAGAACCUCGUCACGCCCCAGCUGCGCAGAGUACGACCGGAGGGAGUUCCCGUUAUCACCAUCAUCCGCACCAUCAAGGAUCCCGUCGAGACUGAUUCCUAG